UCUUUUCUUUUUAAAUGUUUGGUAGGAGGACUUAGGAGAGAGAGAGGGAGAGAAACAGAAAAAUUUCCAUUGUAAUGUGAAACCCAUAUAGUGUUUUGAUGUUUUAUUAGAGAUUUUUCAAUUAGGAAAUUCCCCAUGUAAAUUACCAGUAAAACGCUCCUCUACUUCUUAAAAUAUAUAUUGACUUCUCUGCCCUCUCUUAUUACACAACCUUUUCACCUUUUUGCCGCCCUUUAUAUACCUUAAUAAGAAUUAAUAAUAAAUAAUAAUAAAAUAAGAAAAAUCAUUUCUUGCCAUAUCGAUAACUAAGAUCAAGAACCCAUCUGCGUUCUGUAAUCGCUCGGGCUUUGCCGCAAACAGGGAUCCGAACAACACGUUCCCUCUCAGCCAUUUUUCCUCUUGAUAAAUGGCUUCGGAUCCGAAGGUUCGUCUAUUCGAAGAAGUGGCAAAGCACAACAAAACCAAAGAUUGCUGGCUUGUUAUCUCUGGGAAGGUUUAUGAUGUAACUCCUUUCAUGGAGGAUCACCCCGGAGGUGAUGAAGUAUUAUUGUCAGCAACUGGAAAAGAUGCCACAAACGAUUUCGAAGAUGUUGGGCACAGUGAUUCAGCAAGAGAAAUGAUGGACAAAUAUUACAUCGGAGAAAUUGAUCCUUCAACGGUACCUUUGAAGAAGAUUUACAUUCCAUCACAACAAACACAGCACAACCCAGACAAGACACCUGAGUUUGUGAUCAAGAUCUUGCAGUUUUUGGUUCCCAUGUUGAUUUUGGGUUUGGCAUUUGCUGUUCGACACUACACCAAGAAUGAAUAAAUAUCGAUUAUGUUCGGUAGAAAAAACGUUCUCUUUAAUUUUUCUGUUUUAGCUUCUUGUCUUGUGAUUUCAUGUGGGGGUUGGUCGUAGACUAGAGUUCUCUGGAUUGGCUUUUGUAUUCUACUUUUAAUAAUAAGUAAAGCUAAGUGCUGUCCUUUUUUCUUUUCCAA